CAGCCAAAAUGGACAGCGACGCCUCGGCGUCAGAGAAGGGGGAGCCAAACCAGGAGCUGGACACCAAUCCAGCGUCAGACUGGUUUGAGUUUGCCGACGAUCUUGCGUUAAUAUCCACUGGCACAAACAGAUUCUCUGCAGCUCUAAAUUUACAAAACAAAAUAGAAGAAUUACAGGCAAAAUGCGACAGCUUAAAUCUCAAAUUUAAUCCGAACAAAACAAAAUUCAUGUAUAUGUCUGCAAACAAUAAACAAACCUUUAGUGUAUCCAUCAACGGCCUAAACAUUGAACAAGUCCAUCACUUCAAAUGGCUGGGAAGAACAAUUAGCGCGAACUCAACCAUUAAGCGUUUGUACGAUCCAAAGCAGAAUAUGCCAACACCAGUUAUGCAAAUGCCCCUAAAGGGUAUAACAAGCAGCUACAAACCAAUUUAAAUGAAACGCUGAGGAGAUGCCUCGGAGUUCCUCCAAACACUCCAACACUCAUGAGAUACGCGCUGGCUUGUGAACUUCCACCUCUUCCCAGAGCUGUAUGGCUUACGGCCAAGGAACUUGUCAAACAGUGGUUGAUCAAUCCUGAACUUAGAACACAGAUCCAGAACAGACCUCCCAUAAAUUCCAGCUACAGCAUAACGUACGAAAAAU